UAAGAACACGAGAUUGAACAGUAAAACUACACCUAGCAACAAUUCCGCAACAGCAAGGAGUACAACGUCCAGCACCAACGACACAACCCUGAACAUUACAACACGUAGCAACAACUACACAAUAGCAAACAGAACUGCAACACCCAUCCCCAACUCCAAUUUUGUGAACAGUACUACUACAACUAGCAACAACAAAGUUAACAACACCACAAGCCCCACUGCAGCCACAGGCAGUAUCCGAACAACCAAAAUACUGGGGGCCUACUCAACUACAACCAGUAAAGCUGCUACAUCUGCAGCUACAACGGCAACAACAACAAUUUCUUCAGCCAAGGAAAGCACAAUCAGUCAGCUUUCAUCAGCUUCCAUGACAACCACCAAGAUCACAGUCCUCACCACAAAACCCACUACGACCACUGCAAAGACAGGUGUCAAAACAACCCCCACAACCACCAUAACGACGACCACAAGUGAAGAAGCAAAGGAGGAACAAGUUGAUGAUCUGCUCAACGAAACCCAGGACACGUCAAAUAUCACUGCGUCUGAGGUUUCUAAGCUGGUUGGGAACCUGGAAAAACUUCUGGAUGCCCCCUCUGUAUCUCCGUCUGUGGGACAAAAAGCCAUCGGUGUCAUCAGCAACCUAAUGGAUGUUGGAUCAAAUACUCUUUCUGGAUCUGCCAACAGGCUGAUUCACUUGGUGGAUGACCUGGGUCUUAAGCUGAUUGUCACAGAAGGAGGCAAAGGCAUCAUAUCCUCUGCUUCCCUGGUUCUGGCAGUCAGGACUGUAGAUGGCACCAACUUUCCAGCAACAUCUGCAGACAUUUUCAAUACUGACAAUGUCCAGCUCCGAGCUCUUAGGAGGAGAAGGUCCGAGAGGUCAGGACCUCUGGGAUCUGUGUACUUGCCUACCUCGCUCACUUCAGGCCUGAGCCCUGAAGAGCAGCAGCAGGCCAACAGAGUGCAGUUCACCUUUUACAAAAAGAGCUCCUUAUUCCAAGAUAAAUCAUUAGUUAGCCAAACACUUAUCAGUCCAGUUCUGGGCUCCAGUGUGGCCAACCUGUCAAUCCGCAACCUGAGGGAAAACAUUAAGUUCACCAUCAGACACAUCGACCCUGUGCAAACCAACAACAGCAACACGUCUUGUGUUUACUGGAACUUUUCUCUGAAUGGUGGUGAAGGAGGAUGGGGGUCCGACGGCUGCACGGUUGUCAAUGCUACUCCUGAUUAUACGACGUGCAGCUGCAGCCACCUCACAUCCUUUUCUAUUCUCCUGGAUUUGUCCAGGGAGGGACAAUUGGACCCCGUAAACAACCAAAUCCUCACCUACAUCACCUACAUCGGAUGUGGAAUCUCAUCUGUUUUUUUAGCUUUCACCUUGUUGACGUAUUUCUUAUUCGAAAAACUGCUCCGGGAUAUUCCCGCCAAGAUCCUGGUCCAGCUCUGCAUUUCCCUCCUGCUCCUCAACCUGGUGUUCUUACUGAACAGCUGGCUAACUCUGUUCGACUCAGUCGGCCUGUGCAUCAGCACUGGCUUCUUCCUGCACUACUUCCUGCUGGCGUCCUUCACCUGGGCCGGGCUGGAGGCCCUGCACAUGUACCUGAGCAUCAUCCGAGUGUUCACCCCCUACCUGAGCAGAUACAUGCUGAGCUGCUGGCUGCGUAAUGACAUCGCCUUCUACCUGGGGGUGGUCGCCUACUUCCUCGUGAUCUUCGUUCUGUGCCUGGUGGUCUUCAUCGUUGUCAUGGUCCAGCUGUAUCGGAUUAAGAAGCAGAACCCCCAGAACCAAUCCCCCAACCGGGGCGUGAUGACCGACCUCCGCAGCGCCACCGGGCUGGUCAUCCUGCUCGGCCUCACCUGGGGGUUCGCUCUUUUUGCCUGGGGGCCCCUGUACGUACCCUUCAUUUACCUUUUCUCCAUCUUCAACUCUCUGCAAGGUUUUUUUGUCUUCGUUCUCCACUGUGCGAUAAAGGAAAGCGUCCGCAGGCAGUGGAGGAUCUACUUCUGUUGUGGAAAACUGGCCGAGAACUCCGAGUUGAGUGUGACGGCGAGCAAAGCCAAGAGAAACCUGUCGCUGGGCAACACGACGGGCUCCAACCCGUACCCCCCCUCCUGGUCCUCCGUCAGCAGCAGCCUGACCAACAGCAGCUGCUCCGUGUUUGCAGACAGCGGGAUAUCCGACGCCUCCAACAGUGACGUCCAGCUCAACGAGAUGCACAGGCAAAGCCGGGUGCCAAGGGGGGGGCCCUGAGGACCCGGACGCCCACAUGCAACACAGGAUGCCUCAUUUUUACACAAGAUGAAGGUCUCUCAGA